CAUAACAAUAACAUUGCAGAGAGAGUCGUGUUGUCGUGUUGUUCAGAAACAUUCUCGCCCUCAAACAUGGAUAUAAUACAAGCCGAGUUAGACGAAUUGCGGCGAAUCUGCCAGAAAUCCGUGCCGGAUUCCACCCUCAUCACGUGCGCUCUGGCUCAAGUUCGAGUUCAAAUCAAGAAAAGCGAUUUUACCUGCGUGACGGCUUGUUUCACAUUCCCCAAGGAUUAUCCUCGUCAUAAUAUCCUCAUCGAGUUGAAGAGCAAGACGUUAUCGGUCAAGUUGUUGGACGGCUUGGUCAAGGUGUCGGAGACGGAAGCCCAGAAACAUCUGGAUCGACCUCAUAUCCUGCCCAUGGUCAAGUUUAUCAACAAGUUCUUGGACGAGAAUCCCUUGUCUUGUUGUGCCGAUGAGAUCUCCGAGGUCAAGGCCAAACUGGACGGGGAAGAGCGGCUCAAGCUCUCGCAGAAAACGGCCUCCAUGAGUCUUUUCCUGAAGCGACGACAGUAUUUCCUCAAACUCAAAUUCGCAGUCCCGCCCAACUAUCCCAUCCAACAAAUUCAAGUGGUGAAUGCAGAUAGCAAUUUCCCACGUGUGUUCAGAGUCUGGUUUGUGGCGCAAGCCCAGGAAGUGGCUCGCCGUUGUGUGGAGCCCCCAUUGAGACCCAAGCCCAAAGCUCCGCCUUUCAAGGUUCGGCCUUCCUUUGGAUCGGCUUGUUCGUUCCUCAUUGAAAGUGUGCACCGAUAUCCCGAUGAGAUCUGUCAGAUCUGUCGCCAGAAAUGCUUCCCCGAGGACCCUGAGCAAGCUAUUCAUGACGAGAAUGCCGCGGCUCAUGUCGAGCGGGUGUACUGUUCCCAUUGCUAUCACCACGAUUGCCUCAUUCUUUACAUGAAAACGCCACCUUUUGAAGGUGGCAAAAAGUGCAUUGCAUGCAAACAGAAAAUCUAUCACGAGAUCUGGAAAGUGACACCAGAAUUGGCCGAAGCUCGGUGGGCUCAUGAGCAAGCUAAGAACCGCGAAUUGGACGAAGUGGUGGAUUUCCUGGCUGACAUGGGCGAUAAUUUAGUCAAACCCUCUUGACCCUCUUCUAACGGAAGUUUUCCCAUUCAAAAUCAAUUUCUAACGAAAGCAAUGGAUUGUGUUUGUAUUAACAAUAAACAUGACAAAACGAUCAUUGUUCACUUUGA